GGGCAACUAGAAAGAUGAAGAACCUGCUAAUACAAACGAUCACCCUGCUCACUCUCAUGCUCUGUGGUGAUAUGGCUGAAAGUGCAGCGGAAAACUGCCUUUGUCUUCAAGGGGCCUGUCCAAUGUACUGGUACCAGUACAAGGAUUCAUGCUAUAGGCCUGUGAUGAUUCAAAUGAGCUGGCCAGAUGCUGAAAUUUAUUGCCAGAACAAAUUCCAGGGAGCUCAUUUGGCAUCAGUUCACAGCCUUGAAGAAAACAAUUUCAUUUUUGUUUUGAUGGGAAGAUUAUCUGACUAUGCAAAGAAAGAAGCCUACUGGAUUGGAGCUCAUGAUUUUUUUAAGGAGGGGUUGUUCGCGUGGACAGAUGGAACAGAAAUGGACUACCAAAUAUUUGGACCUAAUCAGCCUGACAAUGCUAGGGAAGGAGAAAGUUAUGUUGGGACCUGGAGUGUUGAAGAUGGUACUGUAACUUGGAAUGACUACCCUUACAAUCCUAUAUACUUCUUCCCUUUCGUGUGCAAGUCCAAAAUAUCACACUGAUAAAGAAGAAUAUCACCUUAAAAAAUGCAUCCUAUGAAUAUGAAUAUCUAAGUACCUGGAAGUCAGAAGAUUCUACAAGCUUUUCACGUUCAUACAUUUUGGCUUUUUGGCAGCAUGACAUUUAAUCAGGCUUUGCAUCCUAUACAAGAUAUAUUUUCCUACUAACUGUGCAGUAUAUAUAUCAUAAAAUUGCUAAUAAAUAAACAAAUUAAUUAAUUA